AUGGCUACUCACAUUGAUUUCAUCAACGAUAUAACAAUUUCGAAGAUGCAAUGGAAGCUGAAAGUCCGUGUUGUCCGUCUAUGGCGAGUACCAGAUCGUUAUAAUUCAGACACCACAUUCACGAUUGAGUUGGUUCUACAAGAUGAAAAGGGCGAUCGGAUACAUGCUUCUAUUGGAAAGUCUGUUUUGCCUCUUUUCAAAACAAAAAUUAAUGAGCUUGGUUUAUAUCUUAUGGCGAACUUUAUCGUUUAUCAAAAUAAGGAGAAGUUCAACACCACGAAACAUAGGUUGAGGCUAACAUUUACUCAACGAACAACUGUGACUGAAACAACUGAUCCAUUUUUCCUUAUGAAUAUCUUUGAUCUACGACCAUAUGAUCAAUUGAUAAAUAAGGUUAAUGUGAACGAGACUGAAUUAUUCGAUGUGAUCGGAGAAAUCAUCAGUUUUAGUGAGGUGAAAACGCUCAAACAAGACGGAAUUUCUAGGAAGUUUAUGGAUAUCAAACUAGAAGAUGAUGAGAAGAAGAUUCUUUCUGCUACAUUCUGGGGCGAAUUUGUUGAUGAAAUUGUACCUCACCUGCUAAGUUCUAACAACCAGCCUUAUUAUUCUUAUUCUGUGCGAAAUACUUGGAAUGCAUCAAACCUUUGGAUUAAUCCAAAUUUUCCUCAAGCUGACGAGUUUAAAACACGAUUGCUUUCUAUUCGGGAUAAUUACACUGAGAGGCUGACUCAAACCAUUUGUCAACAAAGUUAUUCUGUCUCGGAUGAGUUAGAGAAGGGCAUUGUACAAGUUAAAACAAUUGGCCAAUUAGUGGAGUCCAUGCAAAAUACUGGUGAUGCUGAUGAGUAUUCCUAUCCAGUUGAGUUGAACAAUAUUCUUCAAAGAAAAUUCAUGUUUAAGGUUAUUGUAAAGAGCUCGAACAUUCGAUCGCAUGCUGAAAUUUACAGUGUUGUCAAGCUUACAGAUGAUGAGCAACUGAUAAACAAGUAUGAUCACGAUGAACAUCCAGAUGCCUUACCUGACCCUGACUUCAAUACUAAUCAACGCAUAGACGGAGAGAAGGAAUGCGAGGAGUACACUGAAGAUAACGAGUUACUUGAUAUUGCAAAUACACCUACCAAGAUUGGUAUAACUAAUGCCGCAAUAGCGGUUGAAGAAGAUCCAAAUGCACAAUUGUCAGGAAAUAAAAUCAAGAGAGUAUUUAAGAAGAAGAAAACAACAUAA